ACUCUGCUGGAUAAGCCUUAAAGCAUAUACGAACUAUAACCCUGAAACAGGAUCAUGACACUUAGAAAACGCCGUGACUUGGUUUCUCCCAGGUCAACCCUUGACAAAUUGGGUGUAUUCUCAUUGGCUGGUGUUCAAUGGUUGCCAGCCCAGCCUGACCCUAUGCGACGCACCGGCUAUGUGAAAUUGUGAUUUUCACUACAACAAGUUACCCCAUAAGCGUCUGCAACUGGGUGAAGAGGGUAUAAAAACCUAUCGGAAUUACUGGUUAAUCACCAACAUCUGCGAUGGUUUCUGCUCUUGCCAAACUCUUCCUUGCUACUUCGGCCGUGACCUCUGUCGUCGCACACGCUUCUCCCGCUCCCGCGAACUGGAAGCACAAUAAUCUCGAGGCGCGUCAUGCACUUGAGAAACGAUGCGGAGACGUCUUAGCUGCUCGUCGCCGUAAACGAUCGGAAAACGCCUUGGCUCGAAGGAGCUCUGGGGUUCUCCGCAGGACAUCGUCUAGCAACGACAGCACCUGCCUCGUGACUCCUGAGGUCACCCAGGGACCUUAUCAUAUUUUAGGUGAAAUCGUGCGCCAAAAUAUUACCGAAGGACAAGCGGGAAUCCCUCUUGAAGUUUCUGUCGACUUUAUCGACAUCAGCACCUGCGACCCCGUCCAAGUCUGGGUCGAUGCCUGGCACGCAAAUGCCACUGGUUACUACGCUGGGUACAUUGCUGAAACUGGUUCUUCCCUCUCUGGAGGCAGCGGCGACGGUGGUCAGGGUGGAGAGGGCGGCCCGAGUAGUGGAGCAGGGGGUCCCGGAGGUGAAACUGGAGCGGGAAGCCCAAGCGGUGACGCUAGUGCCCCGAUUACUUCCUAUGCCAGUGGUUCGGAUGCCCCCACCCAGACUGCCGCUGCGACGACAACUAGCUUUGGUGCUUACGAUGGUGCCGACUCACCAUCUGCUACUCAAGCUCUCAAUCAGGCUGUGGACGAUAACAGCACUUUCCUUCGUGGUGUCUGGCAGUCGGAUGAGGAUGGACACUUAACGAUGUACUCCGUCUUCCCUGGAUGGUAUUCUGGCCGAGCCCAGCAUUUCCACAUCAAGACGUAUCCUGAAGGCUAUAUCGCCGCUAACGGUACUUUCAUUGCGGGAGGAAGUGCAGUGCACACUGGUCAAUUUUUCUUCGACCAAGACACUCUUGACGCUGUUGCUGCCAAUUCUAUCUACGCCGCCAACUCUAUCUCGUGGUCCGACUCUGUUAGCAACGAUGAUGACAUGUGGUAUCCUUACCAGUCUGCUACAGGAUAUGAUGCUACUAUGGAUAUUACCUGGGUCGGCGACGAGAUCACCGACGGACUCAUCGGUUCAAUUACAGUUCCUCUCAACAUGACAUACGAAAGCCCCGAAGUCAGCACCCAAUAUGCUGCGUUCGACGUUGAGGAAUACGAGGCUGAGGGCUUGCUCCCUGAAGCAUCUUUGUCGGCGUAAAAGAUAGCGGUCUUGAAUUAUGACUAAAUGAAUUGCUUUAUCAAUUCCUACUUAAAUAAAAGAUACUUCUGCUUUUCCU